ACUGCUCCUCACUGACAUACAACUCGAAGGAUUACUGUUACCUGUGUAAACCUUACCAGGAGUUUUAUUUGGAGCAGGAUGCUGUUUUGAUAGCUGACCCAGGUGUAUGUGAGUGCUUCUGGAGGAGGAACCGUCACAUUACAACAGACAGCACAGAUAGAAAAACUUGAUGAUCAUCAUACUUUAGCAGGAAAAUCAGCGAACAACAGCGGAGAAGGAGAUGGAGUUUCGAUUUGGGUUCAGGAUCCUUUUGGUCCUGACCGCACUGACUCUGACACUAUUUGGAGGAGGUGUUGAAGGUCAAAGGGCAGGGUGCAAAAACGUCCACUAUGAUCUGGUCUUCAUUUUGGAUACAUCCUCGAGUGUGGGCAAGGAAAACUUUGAGAAGAUCCGUCAGUGGGUGGCAAAACUGGUGGAAUCGUUUGAAGUAGGUGUGGAUAAAACGCGUGUGGCCGUUGUUCGCUAUAGCGACCGGCCCACCGCCGAAUUCAACCUGGGCAGGUACAAAAACCUCGAGGAGGUCAAGCGUGCCGCUGGAAACAUUCGCUACUUGGGUGGGAACACCAAGACGGGAGACGCCAUCAGCUUCACCACCAACAACAUCUUCACGGAAAGAGCGGGAGCACGGCCCGCAGCCAAAGGUUUUCAGAAAGUGGCCAUCUUACUAACGGACGGCAAGAGUCAAGAUUUCGUUCUUGAGCCGUCUUUAGCCGCCGCGGCUGCUGGAAUCAGAAUGUUCGCUGUGGGGAUCGGAGAAGCUCUCAGAGAGGAACUGGAGGAGAUCGGAGCAGAGCCCAAAAACGCUCAUGUGUUUCACGUGACGGACUUCGAUGCCAUUGAUAAAAUCAGGGGGAGAUUGAGGAGGAGACUCUGCGAGAAUGUCCUGUGUCCCAACAUGAAGGUCCAGGCUGGUCGCUUCAGGAAAAACAGCACCAGUGCAGGACAGACAGAGGUCCCAGGUUUUGAUUUGAUGGAGUACUUCAACGUGAGAGAUUUUCUGGGGGAAAAGUUUGAGCCCGGUCAGACCCCCUAUGUCAGGCUCGGGACAAUGCCAAUUGUCCAAAAAACAGAAGAUGUGUUAUCUCAAGGUCUGCCUGAUGAAUACGCCUUUGUGACAACAUUUAAGUUCAGGAAAACGUCUCGUAAGGAAGACUGGUACCUGUGGCAGGUCUAUGACAAAUACGGCAUUCCUCAGGUCUCCAUCCGUCUGGAUGGUGAGAACAGAGCAGUGGAGUACAACGCAGUGGGUCUUACUAAGGAUGCGGUCCGGGCCGUCUUUAAGAACCCAGAGGUGGACAACCUGUUUGACCGUAACUGGCAUAAAAUUGGCAUGAGGGUGGACUCAAAAUCAGUGUCGCUCUUCCUGGACUGCAAACAUAUUGAGACGAUACCUAUAGAAGACAGAGAAGAUAUCGAUAUCCAGGGAAAGACUGUCAUCGGAAAGAGACUCUAUGACAGCGUUCCGAUUGAUUUUGACCUCCAAAGAAUGGUCAUCUACUGUGAUGGUAAACAAGCCGAACAGGAGACAUGCUGCGAUAUUCCCGGUGGUCCAUGUGAACAAACUCUGGUGACCGAGGCUCCCCCGCUCCCAUUGCCCACCCCAAAAUCCACCAGUGCUGAACAGCAGAAACCAGCAACAUUCAACUGCUCCUGUCCUGCAGGGGAAAGGGGUCAGACAGGCCCUCCGGGUGACACAGGGCCCAGGGGUGAAAAGGGUGAUCCUGGUCUUAGAGGGGCCGAGGGACCGCCAGGACUCAAAGGCCAGAAAGGAGAGCGUGGUCAGGCUGUCUCUAUCAAAGGUGAUAGAGGAGAAAAGGGGGACAGAGGUGAGCAGGGUGAACCUGGAGACAGAGGAGACAGGGGAGAGAGAGGUUUAGAUGGUUUACCAGGUCUUUCUGGGAAACCAGGCGAUAAAGGAGAAAGAGGUGAUAGAGGACAUACGGGUGAAGCCGGGUCACCUGGACCUCUCGGACUAAAGGGUGUCCAAGGUGAUGCUGGUCCUCCAGGAAAACCAGGUGCUCAGGGCGUCUCUGGCAGCGCAGGAGUAAAAGGAGAAAAAGGAAUGCCUGGAGAUAGGGGUGAGUCGGGACUAGACGGGUUUCCAGGGAAACCUGGAGUUCCAGGAAAAGAUGGUCUCAGGGGGUUAACUGGUGCUCCUGGUUCAAGUGGAGUCAAAGGAGAAAAGGGAGCACAAGGGCUUCCUGGAAUACCUGGAAAUGCGGUUCAACUGGAAGGGCUCAAGGGGGAAACUGGCAUCCCUGGUGCAUCAGGACCACCAGGAGCAGACGGCCCACCCGGACCACCUGGCCCACCUGGACCCCAAGGUUUCCCCGGAGAACCUGGCGAGAAUGGACAAAGGGGAAAGAAAGGAGAGGCGGGAUUGCCUGGAGUCGAUGGACUUCCUGGACCACCUGGCCCUCAGGGACCUCCCGGACUUUCAGGCAGCCCAGGAAAGACAGGGCCACCCGGGUUACCUGGUGAAAUUGGAUUCUCAGGAAAACCAGGAGAACCCGGAAAACCAGGCCUGCCAGGAAAGGAUGGAGUGGAUGGUUUCCCUGGAAAUGAUGGCGAGAAGGGACAAAGAGGAGAACCUGGACAAGAUGGAUUUCCUGGCAAGCUUGGACCAAAGGGAGAAGAAGGCCCUCCAGGACCACGAGGACCUUCAGGUGAACGGGGAGAGCCUGGUUUACCUGGUGAAGUAGGCCUAUUGGGAUCCAAAGGAGAGAGAGGAGAACAGGGAGAAAGAGGAAGAGAUGGACUACUUGGGCCAAAAGGAGAUAAGGGAGACAAGGGGGAAGUUGGCCCCAGGGGACCAGCAGGUAUCCCAGGAAAUGUGGCCAAUGUGAUUCCUGAACCAGGUGAACCGGGGAACCCUGGAGAAAAGGGAGAGAAAGGAGACCAAGGAAAACCAGGGGAGACGGGUCAGAGAGGUCUUCCGGGUGAGCAAGGAUUCAGAGGACAGCCAGGACUUCCGGGACCUAAAGGUGAUGCAGGUGAUAAGGGAGAAGCCGGGAGAAAUGGAGACCCAGGUCCGCCAGGAUUGAUGGGCCCUCAGGGGCUUCGAGGGCUGCCAGGCAAUGCGGGUAUUCCAGGGAGUAUUGGUCCACCUGGUAUUGCUGGGCAGAGAGGGGAGAAGGGUGAUGCAGGCAAAGAUGGACCUAGUGGACCACCUGGUCCAAACGGUGAGCCUGGUUUAAGAGGAGAAAUCGGUUUACCAGGAAAAGGCAAAGAUGGGCAAAAGGGUGACACAGGACCUCCGGGCCCGGCUGGAACUCCAGGACUGAGAGGUUUGCCAGGUCCACAGGGAGUGCAGGGGAUGACAGGAGCCAGAGGUCCUGCUGGAGAGGGGACCACCGGACCCCCAGGUCCACCUGGACCUUCGGGGCCAACUGGAGCAGCGGGUUUAAGAGGACCUCCAGGUGUGACCGGACCACAAGGCCCUGCUGGACAUAACGGUUUGCCUGGAAGACCUGGAGAAAAGGGCUCGCCUGGAGAACCGGGAAAAGCUGUAGAUCCUUCUGAUCUAGACCUGAAGGGCAUUUGUUCAGAUUGUCCUGCAGGACCGGCUGGACCUCCCGGUAUUCCAGGAGCUCCAGGAGAAAAAGGUCAAAAUGGACCACCCGGUAAAAACGGGCAAGAUGGAUAUCCGGGGCCACCUGGACCAACUGGAUCUUCAGGACCACCUGGUGCUGAAGGAGCCAAGGGGAUUAAAGGUGACAGAGGUCCAGGAGGAAACCCUGGAGAUAAAGGAGAAAAGGGACCUCCAGGACCUCCUGGUUAUCCAGGGGCCGCAGGUGCCAUGGGCGCACCUGGUAAUGAUGGAAACCCAGGGCCUGUUGGACCACCUGGAUCACCUGGUGAAAAGGGUAAAGAGGGUCUGACGGGAAUCCAGGGACCUCCAGGACUGCCAGGUCUGAUGGGCAUGAUAGGGAAACCCGGAAAAGAUGGAAGACCAGGAGAACAAGGAGAGGCGGGCAAACAGGGUGAACCUGGAGCACCAGGCAGAGAUGGACUUAGAGGAAUGCCUGGUUUCAAAGGUCAUAGAGGAGAACCAGGACCUCCAGGGUCAAAGGGUGAGGAGGGGAAGCAGGGCGCUCCCGGGCGUGAAGGCUCACCUGGAAAAGAUGGUAAGACAGGACCUGCGGGGGCAGAGGGCAUGCGAGGACCGCGAGGAGAAUCGGGUCAACCUGGGGAACCAGGACCUGCGGGCAAACCCGGAUCUCAGGGAAAUCCUGGUCAGCCAGGAAACAAAGGUGAAGCGGGUAGUCCAGGAUUACCUGGAUUUUCAGGUCCUAAAGGGCCGUCGGGUCUACCAGGUCCAAUUGGCCCAGAGGGAAAACAAGGUAUGCCAGGACAAUCAGGGGACAGGGGGCACAAGGGAGAUAAAGGUGAUAAUGGAAUCAAAGGUGACAAAGGACCCGUUGGAGAUCCGGGCAUUCCAGGUAACCCUGGGCCUCCAGGCAGAAAGGGUCACACAGGGAUGAUGGGUAUGUCUGGACCUCCGGGUGAAGUUGGUCCUUCAGGUCCCCCUGGGACCCCAGGACAUCCAGGUCUCCCAGGAAUCAGAGGUGAAACGCCAUCUCAGGAACAAUUGCGGAGACUCAUUCAAGAGGAACUUUCCAAACAAUUAGAUGCUAAGUUGGCCUACCUCAUGGCUCAAAUGCAGCCCGCACAUAUAAAAAGCACAGCCGGGCGUCCCGGUCCUCCUGGUCCACCAGGAAAAGAUGGAUCUCCUGGCCGACAAGGCCCACCAGGAGAGUCUGGAAUGCCAGGACAAAAUGGAGCAGAAGGUCCCAGAGGUCCAUUGGGCCCCAAAGGUGAACGAGGAGCAAGAGGUGAAAAGGGAGAGGAUGGUGUUGGGCAGAGAGGGGAGCCAGGUCCCACUGGUCCCAUUGGUCCUGCAGGUAUGCCGGGAUAUGGAAAAGACGGUCUUCCUGGAGCGGCGGGAGCUCAGGGAGAGCCUGGUAAUCCAGGUCCUCACGGUCAGCCCGGACCAUCAGGACCACCCGGGCAGUGUGACCCUUCACAGUGUGCUUACUACGCCAGCCUGGCAUCACGACCUCACACCAAAAACGUCAAGGGGACUUAAUGUGCCUCUUACUGUCCUGGACUAACAUCUAUUUAUGAACUUGGACGUUCAUCCAAGAACAUGAGAACUUUAUUUUGAAUAGUCUGAGAGCUGUGUGAAUGUGUGUGUGUGUGUGUGUGUGUUUGUGUGUAAAUGGCUUUUCACACUAUUAACCCUGUCUUUUAUAAAGGCCCUGAUAUACUUCAGAUGCAGUAGAAGAACGAACUUCGCUUGAUGGCAGAAUGAAGGGCUGUAGGCAUGUAUGCUCUAUUCUAACAUCUCUUUGUUUCUGGAGGCGGGGUUUAGGUGUGUGUGUACCUAUUAAUGAAGGGUCGUAUUACAAAUUCAAUUUUUCACAUGAUGGUACGUUGAAUGCGAUCAGUCGAUAAAGAAUGAACGCUCCGAUUCGUGAGUGAUCGUACAGAGGCGAAAACAGCUUUAGGGUUGUAGAUGUUUUUGAAAACGUUAUUGCUGUGCGACCUCCGUGAAAUAAAAUGAAAGACAAUAUUCCCACUUUAAACCAGGUGGAGUCAGACAACACGCCCAUAUGUCACGCACCCGUUACACAAUGACCGUGGACCAAUGGUAAAUGUUUAACACACCGACAGAAGUUCGCUGUGCUCGGCUGUAUCAGAACAAGGAAUGCAAAGUUUUGAUGGUCGGAUUUUUUGUUUCGAAAUAAUGCCACAUUAGUUUGUUCUUCUACUUUGUCUGAAGUAUUUCAGGGUCUUAACCCUGGGUUAAGGGCACUUUUAAUCCUGGGUUAAGCCACGUUUCUCAUUUGUACUGUAAUAUUACGUUUUUUUUUAUUAGCACUUAGCCCUACCGUUGGGAUUUUGUGAACUCUUAGGUAGGAAGUUAACCUAAAUUCUGCUAUGUUAAGUAUUGAUAUCAAUGUACAUCUUAAAUCUUGGAAGGUCAGUUUUUAAGAUUUUACUGCGUUAAACAGUAUUAUAUUUAACCCAGGGUUAAGAAUAGCCCUCUUUAUAUAUUAUCAAGCUGGAAAGUCCAUAACUGUGACUCUGAACCACAAAACCUUGAGUCUUAAAUGGCAUGGGUAUAUUUGUAGCAAUAGCCAAAAAUACAUUGUAUGGGUCAAAAUUAUAGAUUUUUUUAUGCCAAAAAUCAUUAAGUAAAGAUCAGGAAGAUAUUUUGUACAUUUCCUACCGUAAAUAUAUCAAAACGUUUUAUUUUGAAAGACGAUUUUCUCAAAUUUUGAUUUUUUUGCACCGUCAGAUUCCAUAUUUCCAAAUGGUAUCUCGGUCAAAAAAUUGUCAUAUCCUUACAAACCAUACAUCAAUGGAAAGCUUAUUCAUUAAGCUUUUGGACAAUGUAUAAAUCUCAAUUUUAAAAAAUGGACUUGUACGGUUUUGUGGUCCAGGGUUACAAAUGUCUCGAUCAGAUGAAGCUUUAAGGGGUUUUCAUCAAGGUUUUUUUUUAGGGCAAGAGUCUAUUUUACGAAGGAACGAUUUUUCAGUAUGUUACAGACUGUGAUGUCAUAACUCUGAUGUCUGUCUGGUUUACUGACAAGUUAUUGGUCGGUAGUCACAAAACAAAAUGCUGAGAAAAUAUGAAGCAGACUUCACUUAUCAGUAAGGAUCAUUAAAGUCCAGAAGAAAGUGAAAACAUGCACAGUGUCUUUCUGCUUUUGUAACCUCAAGGUUUUUUUAGCCAUAAUUGUAGUUUUUGUGCUUUUAUAUUGUAAAAAAAAUUAAUCUUUAUAGGUAUCUUAAUACUAUUACUGUGGCUUGGCUAGUUUAUGCAAAAUGCCUGAAGGAUUAGUUAACCCAAUAGAGAAUAGUUUUAGUCAUUAUUCCUUUCUCUAGGCCUUGGUCAUCACAUGUGUACAUUGUGAAAAAGCAAAUUUACUGUUUUAUGAAACAUUGUUUAUUGUUUUUUGGUGAUAGACAUUUUGUUUGGGUCUUGGUUGUAUGUCAAAGACAAUUCAGUCCCCUCCUAAAAAAAAAUGUUUAGUUCUGGCACAGCAAAUGUACAUACUGACAACUGAUAAGUUGAUGUGUUACUUUAAUGGCCAGGGCUGCGUUUCCCGAUAACGUUGUCUCUUAGCGCGCUACGAAGACUCUUAAGUUAAACCUUAACUACAGGUUUACCUUUUCUAGGCGUGUUUCCCGAAAUGUACCUUAGCGGGAUUCUUUCUAACGUACGACGUUACCAGGUGCUGUCCAUGGCGAUGGUGCUGAAUAGGUUGAUAUCGAUUGCUCGACAAUCAAUUAUUCACUUUAUGUAAUAGGGACUUCGCUGCGUUAUGAGAUAGUGGUGUUCUUUAUUAAAGAAACAUUUCAGAAAUAGUUACAUUUAUUAGGAAUAUCUUGUAAAAAUAUUUCAAACUGCAAACAACUAAAUAUAAACCUUGUAUAUUUUAUUUUAUAUCAAACGCGUGCAAAACCCGCAACUUUAUGUCCAAAAGUAUAAUGCAUAAACUGCUCCAAUGCAUCCAUUAUUCCUUUACUUUAAAGGAUAAUUUAUAUUAGGGGUUCCCAAUAAAUGCGUUGCACAGGGGAAAGGUGGGUCGUGCAAGUCACCUGGCUUGGCUGUGCAUUACACUUAAAAUAUAUAAAAACAAACUGUU